CAAUGGAUUGAGCGAGCGAAGAGGUGAAUAAGGCUUCAAAUGCAUUUGUAAACUUUUCCAGUGUUUUGAAGGGUUGGUUACAUAUGUAGUAUUUAAUGCAAAUGCAUCCCCCUACUAUACAAUGCAGGAGCCCUUCAAAAGAACCCAUUGCAUACGUGUCUGCACCGCGCCCCUUCUCAAGUCCCUUUGUCCACGUGUCAGUGCUACGGAGAUUCACUAUUUUUGGUCCUUUAUAUUGGUCCUUUAUAUACCAUUCCCACUUGCUUUGAUUUACAAGUAUCCCGCUCAAAUUGAAAUUGGAAUUUCAACUCAAUCAUCAAUAUUAUGUCUGACUCACUGAGAUACAUGAGGCAUGGUACAGGUGCUAAGUUUGUCCCCUAAUAACUCACCUUUAAUUAUUCUGCUUAAAAAAUUCCUUAUUCCCAUCAUCCAUGUUCCACAUACCUCUCUAUAAAUACACUUGCUUCCACAUAUCAGUUCUCCACCAACCAUCUGUUUUCCAAUUAACAACUUAGUUGCUAUCAUGGCUUCUCAAUUCGAUGAUGUGAUUAAUCUUCGACCUGGGAAGGAGACAUGGAGGAUGCUGGUCAAGAUCAUACGCAUCUGGUAUAGCCAGGGCUAUACUAAUUCCAAAUUACCAUUAUCUCUGGAAAUGGUUGUAAUGGAUGCCAAGGGGGAUAAAAUACAUGUCAUCAUUAGGAAGACAAUCAUGUAUAAAUUUGAGACGACUCUUAUUGACGGAAACGUCUAUAGCAUGUCCUAUUUUGAGGUUGCUGACAAUACUGGGUUGUUCAAACCAACUAAACACCCCUACAAAGUUAAUUUCCAGUUUAACACUGAAGUCCGCCCAAUGAACCAAAAUCCCAUUUCUGUUGAUCCUUAUUCGUUCGUCCCUCUUGCUGACGUGAUGUCUAUCACUUAUGAUACAAAUUUUUUAAUUGACGUCAUUGGAAUCCUCACUGUUGUUGGAACUGAGAGGGUGAUUGAAAGUCAUGGAAAGAAAACAAAGAUGAAUGUCAUUGAAAUUGACUCUUAUGGGGUCAAGAUGGAGUGUGCCUUAUUUGGACCCUAUGUCGAAGAUCUCAAUCUGUUCCUUAAUGGUGGUGAAAUGGUGAACGUAGUUAUUCUUCUCCAAUUUGUCAAAGUCAAGACAUGGCAAGGGAAUUUGUGUUUGCAAAAUGUGCAUGGGGCUACAAAAAUGUUGUUUAACCCCGCAGUCGACAUAGCUGUGGCUGUCAUGGAAAGGUUUUCAGCAAGUAAUGAUACAGGAUCGCAAUCUCUAAGUCAGCUUCAAGAUUCAAGCAAGGUUGUAGAUGAAGAGGACUUCUUAAUCUUAACCCCUCGAAAGACCAUUGCGCAAGUCCAUGACAUGAAGGAGAAUUCGGUGUGCAUUGUAUAUGCCACUAUCAGCUAUGUAGAAGAGGGUAUGGACUGGUUGUACACUGCAUGUAAAUGCAAUAAAAAAGUUUAUCCAGAUGAAAAGAUGUAUUUCUGUGAGGUCUGCAACCGCCACGUUGUCCACGUUAUCCCAAUGUGAUAGAUUGUAAUAUCGUCCAUUCCUUUGAUAUGGAUUAUUUCCAUUAAGGUUAGACCAAACGACUUCCAACUUCACUAAGAAUGUUGUGUACACUGAGGUUUUUGAUAAUAUAUGAGCAGGAUAGUAUUGUAGUCCAUUGGACGUAUCUUUCAAUUAUUUAAUUUGAAAUCUCCCACAUGGUUGACUUUGUUUUGAACUAAUAUCCUACAAAAGUAGUUAUGAUUUUAUUCAUACCAUUAAUUCUUCACUGCAUGCAUGAAUCACGCAUGCUGCAUCUGACACUCUUGCUCCCUUUUUUCUUUUUCUAGCAAAAUAAUUGUACAUGUCUUUUGAGCAAAAGUUCUCCUUUUUGUCUAUAUGGUGUUGUUUAAGUUUUAAGUCAAUAUAAACACUAAUUUUAUUUUCGUAUCCCAUUAGUCUAAUUUUUUUUUUGGACGGAUCUAAUGUAACACGUAAAUCCAAGUAGCUAUUUUUUUUUAAUUUAAUUGUGGUUUGAACGGCUAAAUAGGGAAAUAGUGGAAUUUGGUUAAUUGAUAUAUUUUUAUGCCCAUCUAAUGGAUACAGUAUUGUGUAAUGGGAAUCAUAAGAAUGAUAGAAUGGAGAAUGAGAAAAUAAAGCUAAAAGAGGACAGUUUAGACAUGUAAUAUGAAUUAGUUUAGAAAAGGUCUUUAAAUGCAACCUACUGGUUAGACAUUCAUUACUUACAUUCUUACUAAAUAUCAACUCAAUAAUAGGACUAUGCUGUAAAAGUCCACAGUUGUGAGUCUAUAUAUACCCUCCAUACCCCCUACAUCCCACACUUUGGCUGGAUUGCCCUCCCAUUUCCUAAACAAUGGACCACAUUCUGUCGGCGAAUUUUGAAGCGUAUGAGUCUGCAUUUGCUGUUGUCAGUCGUCCUUACGAGGUUUGUUUGAUCAUCUAAUGUUCAUAUCCAUAUCAUAUAUAUCACCAACUUAUUAAAUAUUCAAAAAUAUUUUAAGUUGCAGAUGACUGCUUCUGUGGCAGAAUUUUUCGCAACAAGGUUUGAUGUUGAACUUAGUAACAGGUGGUUGUUAUUUGACCCUGUUGGUAAUAGGCAUUCUGUCCAAUUUAUUAAGUGUCCUGUUAAGCCACAAAUUUCAACUGGGUGGUUUGAAAUCCGUCAUUUUUAUGGAUUGGAGGGGGUGAGAUGGUGUAUUUUGAGAUAUAAAGGAGGGUCUAUGUUCGAUCUAUUUGUUUACGGUAGAAAUUCACAAGAGAUAGACUACCACAGAGGGCCUCGAUCCAAACACUUAGAGUAUCCCCCUAUGUUAGAGCCCAUUGUAACAAAUGUGCCAGAAUGGAGAUUUUAUCCAUGUUAUUUCACAGUGCAACUUACGGAAAGCCAGUCAAAAGGAAGCCAGUUGGUAAUGUUUUAAAUUGUAGGUUCCAUUCUUAAAGUCAUAUAAUUAUUUUGAAUAUCUAAUAUCUAUCCUUGGUUUCAUAUGCAGAAUGUUCCUAAGCACAUUGCUUACUACCUUCGUAACUCUGAUGUUUUCCACUGGAUUCUAAGAGGGCCAUCUGGCAUUCAAGUGUUAUGUAGCAUACUUGCACCAGAACGAUUCAACUACGCUAAGAUCGGUAGAGGUUGGAAACUCUUCUGUGAACUGCAUUCUAUACAUACUGGACAAGUGGUAUCUCUUCUUUUUUCAACCGAAGAUAUCAAACUGGUGGAUGUUAUUAUCCACCCAUAUCAAGUGUAACAGCAUUUGCCUUUAUUUCGUUGCCACUUAUGUAUGAUGUAUCCAUAUAUAUGUAUGGUAACAAGCUUCCAUCUGAUGUAUAAUCCAUUAGGAUUAUUUUUUUUUAUUGCAAACUUCCUGGUAACCAACGUAUGCCUGCAUAUAAUUGACUUAUGCCUGCAUAUAAUUGACUUAG